AUGAAAAAUUCCCCCAAAACCUCUCCAUCGGUCACCACCAAGUGGUCAGAUAAACAGAUACCAGAUCCUAAGAAUGUUAUCCUUCGAAUUGGUGUGCUUGCACCACUUGUCGAGGCUGCCGGCAUUGCGUGUGCUUGCUGUUUUCUGUUCGAUAUGGGCAUUAAAAUGGCUUUGACGUUCGGGAUAAUACUGGCGGCCACCUCGCCUGCAGUCAGCAUACCGGCAGUAUUGGUACUCAAUAAAAAGGGAUUCGGCGUUCCAGACGGAGUGCCCACCGUGCUGCUGGUGUGUGCGGCUGUCGAUAACAUCGUUCUGGUGACACCCUUCAGCGUCCUCUUGGAACUACUCUUCAAUGGAGACGGUUUAUACACGCAAAUCGCUCUGAUUUUCGCUCAAAUCGCUACGGGUAUUGCGUUGGGCUUAUUUAGUGGUUUUAUGCUGCGAUACUUCCCAUCCAUCAACCAACCCAACUACCACUUUACCCGUACCGCAAUGCUACUCGCACUCUCGAUGGCAUUCAUGUACGGCUCACAAGCGACCGGAUGGGACAGUACGGGCACUGUGGCCGUGAUCAUCGUGUCAGCCGUGGCCACACUCCACUGGAAAACCGAUAAUCCGGAAAAAGUCAGAAAAAUAACGCUUUAA